UUUUUGGGGGGUAAACUAUAAUAUGCAUUAUUACUAGUUAUACAUUACUUUUAAACGGGAUGGUUUUCACGCAUUUGUUUUUUUGCUUAACGUUAGCUCAAAUGCUAAAUCCGUUCUUGUUUUGCUUCUUGCCGAGUUGGUCUAAGUAAUACUAAUGUUGGCGGUAUAAGUAGUAUCACAGUUAAAAGUAAAAAUGAAUGAUGGACAACAUAUGUAAUCAGUUCGCAAAGUGAGCUAUGUAUUGCUUUGCGGGCUGUUUCUCAACACAUCGGUGUGAUGGGAGUUUUAACGCAAUGGCGUAAAAAUCUACAACACGUCGCCGACGCCACACACCUGCUAUGAGUUGUUGGACAUUUUUAAGAGCAGGAUAACUUAAGUCCAGUUGUGCAAGGUUUAGGUAUCAAAUAUGCUGCUUUGCUUUCCUGUUGUUUACUAGCUAUUGUUUUUGUAGUGAGUGUUUACGUUUGAGGACACCGAAGCCUUGACCCGAAUUUGCUUAAAAAUAUGAAAAACCACAAUAGUCCUGAUCCUGAAGAUUCUCCCAUAAUGCAAGACGGUGUUGCUGAAACAGCAGAUGACCCACUGGCUAUCGCAGCCAUCCAGUCAGCUGCCGCAUUCUCCACAGAUCAGCAAAUUAAGUAUCAUCUUGUAAAAACGGAAGGAACAGGGGGGCAGGUGACAUACCGGGUGAUCCACUUGGCUGACGGGCAGGUAGAAGGACAGGCAGAUGGGGCUGCAGCAGUCAGUGUGGUGACUGGGUUUCCCACAGUAACUCAGGCAGCCACACCACCUGUAACCCAGGCUGUGAUCUCGCAGUGUGAGAGUCUAGAGGGAGAGACGUCUGAGACUCAAUACUACUAUCCUGCCACCAUCUCUGACACAACUGCCAGCACCAUGGUCACCAAUCUCCACACAGCUGAUUCGGUACUGUCUCAACCAACCUCUGCAGGUCAACUCUAUGUAAUGAUGUCACCUCAGGAAGUUCUAGCCACAGCACAGCAGAGUAAGUCGGGAACACCGCGUGCUUCCAGAGGUGACAAGCGGAGGGCUCAACACAAUGAAGUGGAACGCAGACGGAGGGACAAGAUCAACAACUGGAUUGUCCAGCUUUCCAAAACAAUUCCUGACUGCAAUGUGGAUGCAACCAAAAAUGAUCAAAGUAAAGGUGGGAUCUUGUCCAAGGCAUGUGACUAUAUCCAAGAGCUGCGUCAGAGCAAUGCAAGACUGGAGGAGGAACUUAAUACUGUGGAUAGACUGAGGAUGGACAAUCAGCUUCUCAAACAAGAGAUGGAAGAGUGGAAAUCAAAGAAUCAGAUGAUCAGAGCCCAGUUAAGACAGCACGGCAUAGUGGCAGCAUCAAUGGACUCUCAGUGAAGAACCGCAGCUCAACUAUAAGCUUCUCCUGCUCUGGUCUUGUCAUUAAUUCUGUUUAUUCAUGUUUGAAAUGACAUGUAAGUAGUCAUUCUUACCGUGGACAAUCACACUUUUCUCUUUGUCUCCUUCACUGUUCACUUCACACGCAGCCUUUGAUUGUUUCAGAUUAUUUCCAGAGUGGUCUGGUAUUUUAACUGCACUGAAAUUAUAUAUAAUUGUGUUAUAAAGAAUGUAUAUAUAUAAAGGAUGAUCAUACUUUGAAUGACUACUCUGAUGGUUUUUCAGAUAUGUUUUUUUAUUCAGCAUUGAAAUGUGUUAACAUUUUGGUGACCUUCAUUGCGUUCUUUAAGC